GAACAAACCACCAGUGGAAACACAAGCAGUUGGUCAACCUAAAAACAAUCAGAACAAAGAUGACGAACGAUGCGAAACAAAAAGCCGAUAAUGCGGCUAACAGUGACGGUGAAGAAGAGGACGUGUUUCACGAUGCGCGCUUCCCCGCUGAAGAAGAAACGAGACUCCUAGAAGAAUCCCAUACCAUUAAAGCCGAAGCCAACAAAUUAUUCACCGCAGCCUGCUAUGACCAAGCCAUCUCGUGCUACGACCGCGCCCUCGCCUCAUGCCCCAACUACCUCGACUACGAAGUCGCCGUCCUGCGAAGCAACAUGUCCGCUUGUUAUCUGAAACUCGAAGAUUGGAAAGCGUCUGUCGACGCAGCGACUGCCUGUAUAGACCGCUUGGAUAAGGUGGUUCCUCCUGCGACAGGGGCAGCCGAUGCGGAGGGUGCCAAGGGAAAGCAGCCGCAAGAGUCGAGUGGCGAAGACGCCGUGGUCGAGAUAACGGGUGACGAUGACGAAGCCGAGGAAGAGUUGAAGCGGUUACAAAAGCAGGAUGAGAAGAAACGGGAUGUGCUGCGUAUUCGCGCAAAGGCGCUUAUGCGUCGGGCGCGGGCGAAAAUGCAGCUCGGCGGCUGGGGGAACCUGCAAGGGGCGGAAGAGGACUAUAAGGAGCUGGCUGCGAUGGAUAAUCUGCCGCCAGAUGAUAAGCGUGUUGUGCAGAAGGCGCUUCGGGAGCUGCCUGCGAAGAUCGGUCAAGCGAGGGAGAAGGAGAUGGGGGAGAUGAUGGGAAAGCUCAAGGAUCUUGGUAAUGGAUUCCUUAAGCCGUUUGGGCUGUCAACCGAUAACUUCAACUUUGUGCAGGAUCCGAAGACGGGUGGAUAUAGCAUGAACUUCCAGUCAUGAACUUCCAGUUGGUUGGUCUGCUGAUAGAAUUGCUUCCCAAGAUGCAUUGCGGAGUUUGGGAUUUGAUAGUUGAGCGUCAUAUAAAUUGGUCUUAAUUUCAUGCCUGACAUGGGAUCUCUUAGUAGACAGUAUCUACAAACCAUUGACAGAACAAUUGUGGGUAUAAAUUGCUGCUAUUGAAGUCUCAAUUGGAUAAUGGAGACUGGGUC